UCACACACCACCGCCUGCCAUCCUAGCCCAUCAUUGACGCCCAUGCUCAUGUGCGAGUAGGGGUUGGCGUUGUAGUCCAGUCUACAGGUCACCAAGGCCUUGUUCUGGUUGGACGCCGGAAGGGAUCACAUGGCAGCGGCUCCCUUGCUCUUCCAGGAGGGCAUCUGGAAUCAGGGGAAACCAUUGCAAAUUGCGCCGUGAGAGAAAUAAAGGAAGAGUGCAACCUCGAUUUGGAUGCAACAAGCGUGCGUUUGGUGGGCGUAACCCAAGAUGUCUUCCCAGAGCCCGCCAGAAAGCACUACGUUACGCUUAUAGUAAUUGCGGCCGUCCUCCCUCGCUCUCCGCCACUCCAAAAUAUGGAACCAGAAAAAUGCGUGGCGUGGGAAUGGCUAUCCCUCGAAGGUUUGAAAGAGAGGAAAACAGAAUGCUUCCUUCCUUUACAGCACGCGCUGGACACGUUCUUACUGCGGCCUGGCCUCUUGGAGGAUGGCUUGGAGAACGGGCUCCGACUGAAUGACUGUUUGCAAAGAUAGAGCUAGCGCAAUAAUAUCACCUCGCUUAAAG